UUUGCUGAUUAUUUUUGUGAGUUAUUUUGGAACAAAACUGCAUAGGCCUAUCAUGAUUGGUAUUGGAUGUGUGGUUAUGGGCCUAGGUUGUUUCUUAAUAUCACUACCUCAUUUUCUGAUGGACCGAUAUGAAUAUGAAACAACAAUUUCAUCUUCAAGCAACUUGUCCUCAAACAGCUUCUUGUGUUCAGAAAACAGAAGUCAGACCUUAAUGCCAACUCAUGAUCCAGCAGAGUGUGUGAAAGAAAUUAAAUCACUAAUGUGGAUAUAUGUAGUAGUGGGAAAUGUUAUUCGUGGAAUUGGUGAAACUCCCAUCAUGCCCUUGGGUAUUUCCUACAUAGAAGAUUUUGCCAAAUCUGAAAACUCCCCUUUAUACAUUGGGAUUUUAGAAACAGGAAUGAUCAUUGGCCCUUUGAUUGGACUUAUGUUGGGAUCCUUCUGUGCAAAACUUUAUGUAGACACUGGGUCUGUGAAUACAGAUGACCUGACCAUAACUCCCACUGAUACGCGCUGGGUCGGUGCUUGGUGGGUCGGCUUUUUGAUCUGUGCAGGAGUGAAUAUCCUGACCAGCAUCCCCUUUUUCUUUUUUCCAAAAACACUCCCAAAGGAAGGACUAGAGGAUAAUGCAGAUGUGACUAAAAGCGAUAAAGAAGAGAAACACCAAGAAAAAGCCAAGGAGGAAAAACGUGGAAUCACUAAAGAUUUCUUGCCAUUCAUGAAGAGCCUCUCCUGCAAUCCAAUUUACAUGCUUUUCAUCCUUAUAAGUGUGCUCCAGUUCAACGCAUUUAUCAAUUCAUUUACCUUCAUGCCUAAAUACCUGGAACAGCAAUAUGGAAAAUCAACUGCAGAGAUAGUCUUUCUCAUAGGUCUUUAUAAUUUACCUCCAAUAUGUGUCGGAUAUUUAAUUGGUGGCUUGAUUAUGAAGAAGUUCAAGAUUACUGUCAAGAAAGCUGCAUACAUAGCGUUCUGCCUAUCCCUGACUGAGUACCUUCUAUCUUUCUUUAACUUCAUGAUGGCCUGUGAUAAUUUCCCAGUUGCUGGCUUAACCACCUCUUAUGAAGGAAUUCAGCAGCCUUUGUAUGAGGAUCAUAAGGUGCUUGCUGACUGCAACACAAGGUGUAGCUGUGUAAAUAAAACGUGGGAUCCAGUGUGUGGAGACAACGGCCUAUCGUACAUGUCAGCUUGCCUUGCAGGCUGUGAGAAGUCUGUUGGAACAGGAAUCAACAUGGUGUUUCAAAAUUGCAGCUGCAUUCAGUCUUCAGGAAAUGCAUCUGCUGUCCUUGGACUGUGUAACAAAAGCCCUGACUGUACUAUCAAGCUACAGUACUUCUUAAUCGUGUCAGUAUUCGGCUGUUUUAUCUACUCGCUAUCAGCCAUACCUGGGUAUAUGGUUCUUCUGAGGUGUAUCAAGUCUGAAGAGAAGUCACUUGGAAUUGGAUUACAUGCAUUUUGUACAAGGAUAUUUGCAGGCAUUCCGGCUCCUAUUUACUUUGGUGCCUUGAUAGACAGAACCUGUUUACACUGGGCAACUCUGAAAUGUGGUGAGCCAGGGGCAUGCAGGAUGUAUGAUAUAAAUAACUUCAGGCGCAUUUACCUUGGGUUGCCAGCAGCUCUAAGAGGAUCAAGUUUCAUCCCGGGGAUCUUCAUUCUAAUACUUAUGAGGAAGAUCCAACUGCCUGGGGAAAUUGACUUUGCAGAGACUGAACAUCCAGAGAUGAAGCUCACAGAAAAGAAAGGCGAGCACAAGGAUGUGCACAGAAGUCCUGAGGUUGAGAACGACAAAGAACUGAAAACAAAGCUGUAAUAAGGUUUCCACUGACCUGCCCAAAUCCACGGAGAGAGUGUGUAUGCAUCUGGUUCUUUUGAACCUAUAGUACCUCAUCAGAGGUGUACUAUAGCGACUCAUCUUAUCCUGAAGAACCACAAAAAUUAUUUUGCUCAUGAUGAAAAUAUUUACUGAUAGCAUUUUCAUAACAUUGGGGUACUACUUAAGAUUUUUCCAGGGAAGACUAUGGUGACCCCAUACUGAACUUUAAACAUUCUUCAUUUUCAAACAGCAUUUUCUCUUUUAACUCAAUCAAAGCAAGUGUGUGUUUCUCACAUAUCUGUCAAUAGCGUUAAAACUUGCGCAUUCCUGAGACACUAUUCAUUUUUAUUGAAAUUAUGCUGCAAUGUUGGAGAUAUUUAGAACUGAAAAUUUAUAUGUUGGCUGUGUUAUACUGAAAUAAUUUGUUCAAAUGUAUCUUUUCUAUGUGCAAGACAUAUAUGAAUACCUUUUUAUCUAUUUAGUUAUACUCUAUUAAUUUUUUUAUUCUAGACACAAUGCUUCCAAAAUUAGACUUCUCAUUAAUGUGUCAUCUGUUUGUUGUUUUCACCCCUUCUUUCAUUACUCAUAUCACACAUUUGAUCAUUUUGUUUAGAGCACUGAAAUAUUUAAUCAGGUUAUUUAAAAUCAUGUAGCAAAGAUGCCUGGAAUUUUCUCCCUAGCCAUGAAAAUAUGGUAAUGAAAUUCUUUCUUAAAAGCAAAUAUUUGAGAAAGCCAGUCCUUUGAGACUGUAUGGCUUUGGCACAAUGCUUGCCUAGAAUGUGGGAGACCCUGGGUUCAAUAACAAGGUAAACUACUGAUAAUACAAUAAAAUAUAAAAUAAAGUAAAAAUCAAGGCUGGAUGCUGUGUCAGAUGUUAUCAAAAGAUUACUUUCAAAUAUUCAAAUAUUUCAAAUAUUCUUUGGCCCAGUGUUCCUUUUACUCAUGUGUCCUCAGAGCACAUCGGAAUUAAUAUUCAAAAUUACCUUAGAGUAAAAUCUUCAAAGCUGAGCCAGCUGGGUGGCUCAGUGGAAAGUGAUGUUUGCCUCAAAGUCUGACAAGGUGGUUUUGAUCCCUGGGACCAAGAGA